AUGGUUUGCUUCGCCGCCAAGUCUGUCUCCCGCACCCAGCUGCACGUCCGUUCCGGCGCGGUUCGCGAUUGGAUUAUGAGCUGGUUGACAGGUGCAGCAAGUGUGUGGAUGAGGUUGACUCGAGUAAAAAGCCGCCGAUACAGGCCUAUUCGUGAGGUUUUCGUACAGAGAGCCGAGAACGAGUCUGACCUUGCCGGUGGGAUCCGAAUAAAACGGCGACAGGCUGCGAACCGCCGACAACGGCCGGUUAUCUCGACAAAAUUUGAACUUUUCUCAUGCCCCGGAGGAGAGUCGCAUGCGCGGUUGGAAGUCUCCUGGCCUGCCUAA